CAUCAUUGCGGCUGCGAUGCUGAGGAUACCACAACCACACCCAAAGUCUCCUACAGCUUUAUUCUCAAUGUCAUCAUAGGUCGUGUGAGCAGUGUACAGCAUCCGUGCUGCUAAAUGAGGCGUUGUUGGGUACUGCUCUAACUUAAUCUUCGGCUCUUCGAAGACAGCGACAUCUUGAAGCUUUCGGCAUUCAAUUCAUAAUCAACGCAAAUAACAUUCUAUUUGAUGCGCUCAUCAGUAUCACCCGGGCCAUCCAGCGCUAACAGCAAUAUGCCACCAUUCAAGAAACGCAAACCAGAUAGAAUAUCAAGCUUGAUGACAAAGACUUUACAGGAUCCAGCGUCUCCACCUACACCUGGCUCAACGCCGCCUAGCAAUGCCUCUUUGAGCAAGACAAGGAACAGGAAAGGAAGGACAAGCAGGGUAAGGACAGCAGGGAAGAAUAAGGAAGCUUCUGAGCCGCAGACAAUUGAGUCCGCCGUAAUCAAAGAUAAGGAGUAUUCGGAUUUUUUGCAAUGGCUCAAAGAAAUGGGAUGUCCAAAGACAAAGCUGACAUUAGCAGAGUUUUCAAACACCGGUCGUGGCAUGAUGGCGACAAAAAAUAUCAAGGAGAAGUCAUUGUUCAAGUACCAGAGCGGAACCUCGUGACCAUGAAAUCUCUACAGUCAGUUUAUGGCGCUAGGAUUGCAAGGUAAAUGGCAUUAAUCGUACUUCUUUCUCGAUUGCAUGGUGUUGAUUACGAAGCUCGAAUA